GAUAUGUAAUUUACCAGUUAAUCAAAAACCCUACUUCGCGCUCCUAUCAUCUCCGUUAUCCCCCGUGAAAAAACAUAAACUGAUUUUGCACAACCCGGAAAUUCUCGAGAAAAUGAACCAAUCGUCCAAACAACAGCUCCAGUUAAAUAUUCAUCAGGUCUUCACCAACAUCCAAACUCAUUGCUCUGGAUUCCUCCAUAAUCUCUCCCAAAACCUCUCCCUCUCGAACCCCAACCCUUCUUCUCUCCACUCCCAGUUCCUUUCCAAUCUAUCUGUCCUCCAGAAUGAGGCAAGACAAGCUUUCGGGGAGGGUUUUUCCCACCUCAAUUUGCCUCGUCACACGAGUGGCCCGGUUUGGGCUCGAAUUGCCGAUAAUGGCAAGGCCCAGGUAGCGCCCGUUCGCCAAUCCGGUGCCUCGAUGUCCGAUGAGUCUAUUGAAGAGAGGUUAGCAGGGGUACCCGUGUAUGCUUUGAGCAAUUCGGACGAGGAAUUCGUGUUGGUCUCGGGUGUUUCAACGAAGAAAUCUCUUGGGUUGUUGUGUUUCAAGAAGGAGGAUGCGGAGGUGCUUCUUCAGCAGAUGAAGAGCAUGGACCCGGGUAUGCGGAAAGAAGGAUCUAAAGUUGUUGCUAUUGCUCUGAAUAAGGUGUUUCAGCUAAAGCUUGAUGGAGUGGCAUUUAGGUUGAUACCCGAGUCAGCUCAGGUGAAGAAUGCAAUCAAGGAGAGGGCAAAAGCAGGUUUUUCUGAUGACGGAUUUCCUGGGGUUCCAGUUUUUCAGUCGAGGAGUUUGAUACUAAGAAGCCAGAACAAGAGCUAUCGUCCUGUUUUUUUUAGAAAGGAGGAUUUAGAGAAGUCAUUAGCCAGAGCUUCCCGUCAGCAGAAGCAAUUAAGUCCUGCCUUCAGACAGGGUGAUAUUCAAGUUGCUGUCUUUGAGGAAAUAAUUAAGGGGAUGAAGGAAACUUCUACUUCAAAGUGGGAUGAUGUCGUUUUCAUUCCUCCCGGUUUCGACGUUUCAACUGAUCCUUUGCAGCAAUAAUAAGCUGCAGAUGUAUAUACAAUGACUUCUCUGUUCAAAGGAUCAAAUUAUUGUUAUUUGCGCAUAAAACAGGUGUUAAUAGUUGCUGCAAUUCAUUGCAACUAUUUUGGUUGUCUUCUGACCAGGUCACGACUAUGGAGUGUAGAUGAUAUCACAGAAGGACUGAAUUACUAUGAAAUGGUAAGAAACUACCGGAGAAGGCAUGGUGCUUUUGAGGCAACUCUGAAUUUGCUGGAGGCAUUAGUUUGCGAUGCUCUUUACAUGCAAGAACACUUGGAAGUUGGAACCUCGCACUGUUGCUGUAGAUAAACUAUGAAGAAUUGGUAAAUUUUAAAUGAGCUAAGUUUAGGUCACUACCUAGGAAAGAACUAUACAUUUUCCUUGUAGUGUACCUGAAGAAAUCACUUAGAGCUAGUGGAGUUUGGUUCUUGUCGGCACAAUCAUUUUUUUUUUCCUUCUACAAGAUGUGAGGAAAUUCAUAUAUAUUAGCAUUGAAUUUACUGACAUGGGUGCAUUGUCGUGUAAGAUGCAUGGAAUUAGAUCCGAAAACUUGUAACUUAGAAGUUUCCCAUAAAUUGGUUUAAUUGUUUUUAUUAAGGGAAUGAAUAGCCUGCAUGGUGCAGUGAUGUUUACAUUA